CUGGUCAACGUCUUCUUCUUCGGGUCUGUCGUAUAUUUCUCUAAAUUGAAUUCUCGACUCUCGACUCUCUCAAACCCCUCUAUUCUUGGAGUAUACGAGAAACAGAGACCCCGAGCAGAUGGGUUCUACAAGAUAGAGAGAAUCCACGCCGUCUUCUAGUUGUCUUCUUGUAGUAUAAAGAAUUGGAUCGAUCUUAAACAUGGAAAUAAGAAGCUCUCUUUUGGUGGGUCUUUUUCUCUUACUAGUUCCACUCGCCAUUGACUUGUGUGUCGCUGAUUCCAAGGAAAUUGUAAGGGGAAAUGAUGGAUUGGAUCCAAAUUUGGAUGAUAAAGCCGCUUCUCACUUGACUCAAAAGUCAAAUGAAGUUAAUAAAGUAAAACAAACUGGGGGAGAUCCAGUGAAUACAACUAAGGAUGCAACAAAGGAAGAUAUAAGUAACACCGGAUCCAGUGUAGAAACUAAAGAUGUGGAAAAGGGUAAAGGAGAUGCAAUCAAGAAAUCUAAAGGUGGUGAUGGAAAACCAAUCAAGGAGGGGAAAGAUGAAGCAGAUUCGGGACUGGUAAAGAAGGACAGUUCUCAGAGUCAAGAAUGCGAUUCAGCUAAUAACUGCACUGACGAGGAGAAGAAAUUGGUUGCAUGUUUGAGAGUACCUGGAAAUGAUUCUCCGGGUCUAUCACUUUUAAUUCAAAACAAGGGGAAAGGUCCUCUCUCUGUUAAAAUAGUUGCUUCUGAUUUUGUUAAACUAGAGGAAACUGAAAUCCAGCUUCAGGAGAAAGAAAACAAAAAGAUGAAGGUUACCAUUCAAGAUGGAGGCACAGACAACUCAAUAGUCUUAUUAGCGGGAAAUAGCCGAUGCAGCCUCGAUAUAGGGGAUCGGAACACUCCUAAGCGAACAAACAUGAACUUUUCACUAAUGCCUACGAUUGCAUUUUUAUCGUUAGCCAUAUUUCUGAUAUUGGCAUCUGGUUGGAUGUGCAUCACCUUUUAUAGGAAGCGAGUCUCUAGCAACAGCUCAAUUUAUCAUAGGCUAGACAAGGAGCUGCCCAUUUCCAGCGUGGCAGCAAAAGCGGAUAUAGUUGAUGAUGGAUGGGAUAACGGUUGGGAUGAUAAGUGGGAUGAUGACGAGGAGGCGCCCAAGACACCCUCCGUGCCUCUCACUCCAAGCUUCGCAUCUCCAGGCCUUGCUGCUCGACGGUUGACCAAGGACGGCUGGAGGGAUUAGUUCUGAAAUUUAGGGUUGGCAUGAACAACCAAAGGUGGGGAAAACAGUAAAAAGACUCCUUACUAGUUCAGUUUUUUUUGUCUUAGUCUUUUGUAAGGUUUCUUUAUGAGGAUUGUUGCAAGUGAAAUGCAUAGGUGCGUAUACAACUGAAUAUUUUUGACUCGGGGAGCGAGAAUUAUAUUGGGUUGGGCCCUAAAGUAUCACUAGUUCCGGGCUUGAGUUGGGCCUGGAAAAUCA